CCGCCAUAUUGGAAACUAAGAAAAUGAAAUUAAAUGAUUUGCAGUCUUUUUUUGAUUUUUAAUUCACCAAAAUACUUUGUGACUAAAGACGAUUACAUUAUGUAGCAUUAUUUGUAAUUUAUAGAAAAAAUAUUUGAAAAUUUGAAGGUUGUUUCUAAAUAUUUUGAAAGAAAAUAAUUGUGCAUACAAAUUUGUACCCAGCAUUCCACGCGAGCUCAGUUGCGUGCUUCGUAGGAAGAAUCUUCGUCCUUGCACGAAGAAUCUUGUUUUUGUGCGAAAUGUCUACGAAGAAAAAAGAUUUAGACUCCAAAAAGAAACGCAAAAGAGUUGUCGUUGAAUCUGAAAGCGAUGGUGAUGAUAGCGACGAAGACCUAGAAGAGGUAUGCGGUUCUAAAACGUUUACCUUCCUGGGAAGCAUCCCAAAAGGAGAAAAUUGAACUUGUAUAUUUAUAAAAGUUGAUAUAGAAUUAGUAUAUUAGAGUGUUUAUAUACAGUCUUGUGCUCAGCUCGAAAAGUGGAAAGAUUAAGUUUAAUUUAUUUUAACUGUUAGAAGAGAAGCUCAGGGUAGAGUAGAGUAGAUUAGAGUAGACUAAGAGUUAAGUUUAAUCCAAAUUCUUGUACCCUAGGAGUUGCUUUCACUUGCAAAGAGAGCUCGAACUCAACAGCAAGAGUCUACUCCUCAACCUACCAAACAAAACACGGAAUCGGACAGUGACAGUGAAUCAUCUGAAGGCAGUGAUGACGAGGUUUGGAUAAUUUUAAAUCUGGUUCUAGUAAUGGUUUGAAUAUUGGAGGAAUUUGUUUGACACUUCUAUUUGAAUCAAGCAGUCAGCAAAAUAUUUAUUUAUUUUACUCGUUUAUUUUGCUCAUUAAUGUAAAUAUUUAUUCGAGUUUAUAUUGCAAUGAAAACAAUGAUGGAUUUUCUUGGGGGUGGUGUUCACCACUGUAAACGUUCACCACAGGGUUUGUCCAACUUUGUGGCAUUUCCCUUAUCAUCUUUUGGGUCGAUAGGUAGAGGCUUCCCAGAUUAUGAAAGCAUUCUACAUAGUCAACUUUACUUUACAACAUAAUUUUUGCAAAUCUAAGAUUGAUCCUCUCCUACCACCAGCUCAGGCAUUGGACCUUGUAAGGGUCGGGAUAUACCGAAGCUUUCUCAGUGAUGAUGCACCCCAUCUUGUGUGAUGAUGGUACCCUGGCUCAGGGCCGCCGAGGGGGGGCAUUUUGCCCCGGGUCCCCAGCUUAAAAGAGGCUGCAAAGCGAAAAAGCCCCUUAGAAUUUCUUGAAACAAGAUUGCUUUACCGAUAAUAUAACUUUGUAUUGCCGGAUAAUGUGCAAUAAAGCGUAAUCUAAUGCUUGUGAUGUUACUCUGAGUGUAUAUCCACACCGGGCAAGCUUGAAAAAUACGCCUGGCGGGUCACGGUGGGAAUCGAACCUAUGACCUUUGGAAUACACUCAGAGUAACAUCACAAGCAUCAUAUUCACCUGAGUACAUUACACCAACACAGAAAAAAGCGUAAUAUAUUGUAAACACUGUUUUUCCUAUUUUAUAAUUAUGAAACCAUGGCUGUUCCAUGACCACUACAUGUUGUUUUUUUAGUGGACAAUUGAUGACAAACCAGUGAAGGGAAAAGUGAAGAAAAAUGGCACUAAAAAACCACCAAAGAAACCAGCAUCGGAAUCUGGUGAAACUGACGACUCCAGUUCAGACUCAUCUGAUGGUAUGGUGAUCUAGCCUAUUAAAUGAGCCCAAAUUGCCCACUGAACCAUUAGAAAUAUUUUCUUCUUAGAUUCUGAUUCUGGUUCAUCGUCAUUAUCACAAGAAAAUGAGGGAUUUGACGACGGUUUGGAUGAAUAUUGCAUCGGAGAUCAAGCUGAUCGAGACAGAUUGGAGAAAAUGACAGAGAAAGAACGUGAACAGGAGAUUUUUAAUCGUCUUGAACGAAGAGAAGCUAUGAAAACUCGCCAGGAAAUAAAACAAAAACUUAAACUUGCAAAAAAGAAAGAAAAGAAGAAAAAGGAGAAGGAAAAAGCAGUGAACGAGAAGGAUGGUGUUGGCGGGAUUGCAUUCAGUCGAAGUGGAAGAAAGAAAGCGAUGGAAGAAAAGAAAGUGAAGGCGUUUAAUGAACUGAAACAGAGGCGACAUGAGAAGAAAGAGAAGGCAUUGUUAGAGAAGAAAGAGCCAUGGAAAACUAACGAGGUUUAUAGUUCUGAUGAUGAUGCUGAAGAGGAACAGGAAGAGCAGGUGGAACAAGCAGCGUCAUCUGAAGACGAGAGUGAUGAAGAGUAAGUUGUCAGGGGUGACAUGACCCAUCUGGAUAUUACCCAGUAUGCCCUCAGUAGGAUUAAGUGAAAUAUACACCCACCCUCCUUCCCCGCAACUCAACACUUUAAUACGUACCUGCUUGAUCAUUUCAUCAAUCCCUUUUAUCUUUGUCUUGGAAUGACCCAAUUGAUGAACUAAAGUCAUUCUGGAUUUUAAAUAAAACCAUGAUUUUAUUUUUAAUAAAGACAGUAAAAUAAAAAGGUCUUCAAAUGUUUGAAAUUUUAAAAAUUAGAUGUCCUGAAAUCUGAUACGUCCAUCCCAAGAGUUAAGAGUGCCAUACCUAACCUAAAAAUCUCAAAAAGAAUACUUGUAUUCUAAUAUGUGUAUAAUUGUGCUUUUUUUAUUUCACCUAGAGCAAUGGAGGAAACAGAAGAAAAAGUCAGCAGCGUGGAGGACGUGGAAAAAGUUAGAUUAUCACGUCAUAAAAUGGAAAAGUAAGGAAGUCGCUGUGAUUACUAUCAGUACAUAACAGGGUGAGGCAGUUAAUCAAUAAACUGGAGAAAAAUGAUGUUUUUUGAAAACCUAUUCAACUGAUGUUGUUCUAGUACAUAAUUAUCUGAAGUAGUCUCGAACAAUUGGGAAAUCAUAGUUGACAAUACUAAUUUGAACACUGUUUAGGUGGGUUCAUAUGCCAUUCUUUGAAGACCUAGUGAAAGGUUGCUUUGUCCGUAUUGGUAUUGGUCAAAAUGAAGGUCGAUCAAUCUACAGGGUAUGUCUCCACAUUUUGCAUGUACCAUAUUUUAUUCUACACCUUAUAUACAUUUUAUGUUAUUCAAUUUUUUUCAAACAUUUGUCCUGUUUCAUUUGACUUCAUUUUUUUAUCACAGGUAGCACAAAUCAUGGGAGUUGUGGAAACAGCCAAAGUAUAUAGCUUAGGAAGCACAAGAACAAAUAAAGGACUGAGGCUCAAGUAAGAACUCUGACUCACUGUACCUGUGAGGAGCUUCAAUUGAUUUUUUGGCUGAUUCAUUAUAUUUAUAUGUUAUAUAGACAUGGUAAACAGGAAAGAGUGUUUCGUUUGGAGUUUGUUUCUAACCAAGGCUUUACAGACACAGAAUUUACACGCUGGGUAGCAGAGGUAUUAACAUUCUUCUGUGGUCAUAUUUUUUGGUAUAAUUUGAUAUUCUAGCUAACCCUUUAAAUUAAUAUUAUGCACCCUACUUGGCUACUCUAAUAUUUUACUCUGUCUAACACAAGAUGGCUUUAUUUGUCAAAGGGAAAGUGCUGCUACUUCACUGUUGAAAUUUUUUAUUCAAUUUCUUUUGAAUUGUGAGCAGUCAAGUAGAACUGAUUUCUAGCUAUAUAUAUCCAUGAGGAAAUUUUCCUCUGUAAGUGGAAAUCCUCCUAAAGGCGUUCUUGCAGAAGUGCAUGAAUAUGAUUUUUCAGUCAAAAUUUCCAUUUGUGAAAAUCAUCAACAUCAUGAUUUUUGUUUCUUUGGCAGAUGGAAUCGAAUGACAUUCCUGUUCCAACAAUGGACGAGGUUGACAAUAAACUACAAGAAUUACAGAACAGCAAGAACUAUAGUUACCAAGACAAUGAUGUGGACAAGGUACUAUGGAGAUUCUGAUAACAAAUUAGAAUGUUCAUAUUGUUGUGUUUCCUGUUUCUUGUCAUUCAUCUUAAUUUGAGCCACUGGUGACUUUGGCAAUGGCUGGAGCCUAAGUAAUAUCUUCCUGUACAGCACCUGUUUUGCAGCAGUUUCAAUCACUUGGGAUGUCAUUUAUUCCAUGAAUUGUUAUGUUUUAUAGAUUGUUGCAGAGAAAACAAAGUUUAGAAAAACGCCAUUUAAUUAUGCUAUGAAGAAAAAUCAACUACUCAGAUCAAAGGUAAAUUAUAUUAACAUUGCAUUGAAAACAUCUGUCUGCCCUUAAAAUAUCUCAACCAUUGCAAACAAUUUUAUCACUUAAAUGUUCAAACGCUAUUCAUAGUGUUUCUCAAGCCCUGGUCAAAUGAGAAUGAGAGUUGCUUUUCUUAUUUCCAUUUGACCACCAAGUCACAAACUUCUAAACAUUUGACAAUUUUUUUUUUAUUAAUUCUUUGUGUGUUAUUAUGAAGGAAAUAGCUGAGCAACAAGGGAAUCUAGACGAAUCUCAAACACUUCAAAGUGAACUGGAGGAACUAGAAGAAAGAGCACAAGAGUUGGAUAAAAUGAGAAGUAGAGGACUUAGUGCUAUCAGGUAAAUGAUCUACACACACCUGAAUGGUAUUUUUGAAGCUCCUUCAACACUGUAUUGUGCAACAGAUAAAAUAUCUGCCAGCCUUUCCCCACUCUGGGGCAAGGAAAUGCUACAAAGAUAUAAUUUUUUGUAUCUUUAAUAUUUCAGUUACAUUAACGAAAGAAAUCGUAAGAAGAAUAUUGUAGAAGCUGAGAAAGCAAUUGUGGUGAGUUCUUUUAUUGAAGACAGCCAAUCCUCUAGAUACUUUGUGUAUUUUAAUGCAUGGAAUACAUUGUCAUUCUAAAUUAUUUUUAGGAAGAGGCAAAGACUGACGAAAAGAAAGCUGAUCCAUUCACAAGAAGGAAAACAUUACCUCAACUUGUUGCCAAGGUUGGUCUUAAUAUAGUGUGGUCCACAGACUUGGGCGAAAAUGAACAGAGUCAGUCUGUGUGUCAGGCUCUAUCCUUGGAAUAGAGCCCGCUGCUGAAGUCAGUAAAAAGUGGACAGUGAUUUGGAUGCACGAAAAUAACAAUCAAUCAAAACGGCGAUUGUUAAUUAGAUUUUUUUUUCAUUUUCCUUUUUAACCUGCAGAUCAAUAAAGGUCCAGAUUUUACUCCAGAACAAAUCCGUCGACUUCAAGAGGAAGCUGCAGCAGACAAUAUUCAUGUCAAUAUACCUGGGGUAUGUUGAUAUACCCACAUUAACAUAGAGAAAUCAUUUUGAUUUGAACAUGUCCAACAGUAUAUGUAUAACAUUUUUAUCACCAUAUUAAAUUUUCUUCAGGCCAGUCAAACACCAAUGGCGGGAGAUCAGGUACGUUAGGAAUUAAAUCUUGAAAGGUUGGUUCCAGUGUAGCUAUAGAUACAAUAUCAGGACAGCUCUGGUGUGAAAGACAAGCGUUUGACAAUGCAUGCUACAUUAACGUUGUAACAUUUUAAUUUUAGAGCCUGGACUCAACAGACACGUCAAAAGAUCACAAUAGAAGACCUUCUCUAACAACAGAAAACGAAGAUCUUUUUAAUGCACAUGACUUCGACAUCAAAAUUGAACUUGACUUCCCAUUGCCAGGUAAGACUUGGCCUUGGUCUCAUGAAAAUGAAACCCAUCUCCUCUCUUGCAAAGCCUAUGAGCAAUCUCGUGCAAACCUUCGAAGUUCAUUAGAGAAUGCUUCAUCUGACGAGAUUAAUCUAAACUCUCAAACUCUAUCAGCAGACCUAAUGAAGUCAACUGAUAGUGAAAUCAUAACCAAACUUUCAAAACUUGUUUAUUCAUGUUUCAAGCAAAGACUUAAAUACAUUGAAACCAGGAAUGCGGAUUAGCAAAGGUUGUAAUAAUAGCAUACUUGUCUUCUUUCUUUCCUCUUAAUUCUUCUUAAUAUUGUAUUAGUCUAUUAUAAAUCAUUCCACAAAUAAUAAUCUGUAAUAGUCCUAGUUUAUCAUAGUUUCUUCUAUAUAUUGUUUGUAAUGCUUUAGCAAUUUACCAUGUAAAGGCACCCAAUUUCUCUCCUUCACAUAUGUGUUCCAUUUUACCCUUCAAGUGGCAAUGCACCCUGAUGCGCCCACUUUAUUAUUUUACUCUGUCUAACAGCAGACAAUUUUACUGAUGAAGAGGAGACUGCUGUCACUCAAUGGGUUAAAGAAAACACAAUGGAAACAAUACUUCAUUCUGUAUUAUAUUUUCACAGAUAAUCGUCCGGCAUCGGCGACUCCGAAAGCAACGAACCACAAUAAGCAGAAUGCACCUCGGAGAUCUUUAAAUCUAGAAGACUACAAGAAACGGAGAGGUCUUAUUUAAUGCAAGCAAAUAUCCUUUAACACAGCAUUAUGUGCGGUCUAUUUGUUCAUACAUAUUCC